AACCCAGUGUAAAGCGUCGCGUCCAUUCCGGAUGUGACGUUGUAUCAAAACAACAAACACACAUUUCUAUUGGAUGAAGCUGGAAAGUGACGACCGGUCUUUUCUGAAAGACCAAUGAAUCGCAGGAGAGCACCUCGCUGCAACAGCUCUCACUCUCAGAGAGACAAUGCACCUAAAAGAGGAUACUCGAGACGGAAGAAUCAGGAGCAGCGACAGGACCCUGACAAACAGGUGAGAAAGGCAGAGGAGGAUAAGUGGCAGCAAGAGAAAGAAACAGUGCCCGGAGGAACCUGCCAAACCAUGUGUCCUGCUCGUGAGCUGCGUGACCGUGAGGUGCAGAACCGACUUCACCGCUUUGAGAUGGUAGCAGGCACAGAAAGACAUCGACAGCCCAGGGGAGACCCCUUGCGUGCAGUGAAAGAGUAUUCAAGACCAGCAGCAGGGAAAGACCUGACGAAUCCCAAGGACCUUCGUCCACCUGAUGUGUUGCUAAAAACUGUGUGUUUUCUUAUUGAUGACAUCGCUGCCUCCCCUCAUCUGCGUCCUUGGACUGAGGUGUACAGCUUUGUGUUUGAUCGGCUGCGUGGUGUGAAGCAGGACAUGAUAAUCCAGAGGGUGUCUGGGUUGAGCUGUGUCGCCAUUUUGGAGCGGAUGGUGCGUUUCCUCGUCUACGCCUCUUACCGGCUUUGUGGCGAGCCACUGCGUCUCUACGACCCAUGCAUAAAUGACACACACCUACAGGAGAACCUGAGCUGGCUGUUGGAUUGCUACACAACUGGAACAGGACCACAUCCCAACCAGGAAGAGUUCCAGGCUCUUGGUCUGCUGUACAACUUGGGUUCAACUUGUGCCAUGCAGCACAUCAUGGAGCUCCCUGAGCAGCUCCGCAGCUCACGUGCCAUCAAACUCGCUCUUUCCAUCAACAGAGCUUUCCUGGAGCGAAACCCUGUGUGUUUGCUUCGAUUGGCUCAGAGGUUAAACUUUCUGCAGAGCUGUGCUUUACACCGUCACCUCGUGGCGUGUCGUAGAGAUCUGCUGCUACUGUACAGCCAUGGAUACAGCAGCCGCAGCUGUCGCUUUCCUCUUGACAGGCUAGCUCAGCUCUUAUUCUUAGACACACCACUCACAACCCAACUCUGUCAGGCAUAUGGACUGGAGGUUAACCAGGACAACCAAGUGGUUUUCUUCAAGGCUGCUUUCGCUGAGCCUGAGCAAGGGAAACUGCACUGCAAACUGUAUCACAACAUAGUGGCUGAAAAACAGAGGGACCUCACUGUUGGGAACAUCAUUCAUGGUUGCACUUGAGACAAAUUAAAUGACUAGAUGAGUAAUAAUAAUAAAAAU